UCUGCUGCUGUCGCGCGGGCGAGCGGGGCCAACAUGUACUACAAAUUCAGCGGCUUCACGCAGAAGCUGGCCGGAGCAUGGGCUUCCAAAGCCUACAGCCCGCAGGGUUUAAAGCCCAUGGUCUCCACAGAAGCACCGCCCAUCAUAUUUGCGACGCCAACUAAGUUGACCUCCAGUUUGACUCCAUAUGACUAUGCCGGGAAGAACAAAGUCCCAGAGCUGCGGAAGUUCUUCCAGAAAUCGGACGGUGUGCCCAUCCACCUGAAACGAGGCUUGCCUGACCAGAUGCUUUACCGGACCACCAUGGCGCUGACUCUGGGCGGGACCAUCUACUGCCUGGUCGCCCUCUACAUGGCCUCCCAGCCCAGAAACAAAUGAGCCCGACUGCA